AUGAUCCAGGGCACCUUGGAGCCAGAUGGUCCCCUCUGGGGCUGGGAGUGGGACAGUGACAAUGACUGGGAUAGUGCUGUGCUGGCCCUCCUGGCGCUGGCUGUGGUGGCUGCCACAGCGCUGGCCUUACACUGGUUUGGCUCCGGGCACGACCAAGAGGCGGCAGAACCGGCGUCCACAGCCCUCGGGGCUCAACCUCAUCAGGCAGGAGGAGCUGAGCUGGCCCUGCAACCGAAGUGCAAGGUCAGUGAUGGCAGCGAGGGGCAGAGCCCAGGGCAGGGGAAACCAGAGCCCCCAGGACGCGGCCAGCAGAGCCCUGUCCCUGCUGCAGCGCCGGGCGGGGGCCUGGCCGCCAUGGCCCGGCUUCCACUCAAGACAGCUGUCGAGGAGGCCCGCAGAGGGGCAUUAGGACAGCAACGGGGCAGUGCCACCCCCGCGGCCCCCCGAGCGGAAGGAAAGGAGCCUCCCAGGCCAGGCACUGCCCUCUUGGGCAGGAGCGAAGCAGGGGGGAUGUCCGCCCCGCUCCUGAUCCACUUCACUCCUCGGAGCCCUGGCAGCGAAGCGGAGGCGCAGGCGGAGACAGGUGGUGUCAGGGCGUCCUCUCGCCAGGCCGCGGGCCCCGCGGGGCAACAGGACACUGGUCCCCGGCAGGCGGGCGCGGGGCCCUCAGGCUCGCUGGGAAGAGGCCGGGGCCGGCGGCGGCGGAUGGACGCUGGCUCGGGAGACAGAGCCCGCCGCCCCCGGAAACUGGACCCGCUCCGCCUGGGCGCCGCGGGCAGUGUGUGGGACCCGGUGGAUGAGGCCGCCGCCCUGGACGCCCACGCGCGCGGCCUCCCCACAGGACCCCCACUCGCCCAGGAACCCGCACCCCCGGCGCUGCCCGCGCCCCGCGCCCCGCAGCCUGGGUCUCAGACGGAGGGCUCUGGGGCCAAGGGUGGCUGGAGCAGGGAGGCUUCGGGGGUCCCUGUCCCCGGAGGAGGCUGGCCCUGGGUCAGCAGGGAGGUCCUGGGCACCCGGAGCUUUGGCCCAGCCCCAGGCUCCACGCGCCCCUGGCUAGAGAGUCCGCCUCAAGGUCGCCCACUCUCGUCCCAAGGGCCGGGUGCCACAGGGGCCUACGAUGCGGGCGAGGCCGGGGCUGACAGCUCCCGAGAUGACAGUCCUGCCGCUGACCUGGGGCCCACCCGGCCCCCGGAGCAAGCAAAGCCGGCCGCAGCCUGCCACAGCCGCGCCCCUUCCCGGAGCCGUGAGCCUCGCCCGCGUUCCGCCUCCCCGCCCGCAGCUCCCGGCCCGGGGUUCCCACCUGAAGCCCUGACUCUCCCCUCUCCUUCAGAUUCUUUGCCCCUGGGGGUUACCCAGGGUCCUUCUGUGGGCGAAAAUCUCAGAGCGGCGCCAGCCUCAAGUUCAGCCUCAGCCCAAGUCUUAACUUCAGCUCCAGCCUCAGUCCUAGCCCCAGCCCUGGCCUCAUCCCCAACAUCAGCACCAACCCCAGCCACCACCUCAAUCUCAUCCCGCACCUCAGCCCCAACCCCAGCUCCAACCUCAGCUCCAGCUUCAACCACAGCCCCAGCCCCAGCCCCAAGUCCAGCUACAACUCCAGCCCCAGCUCCAGCCCCAACUCCAGCUCCAGCCGCAACUCCAGCCCCAGCCCCAGUCCCAGUCCCAACCCUCACACCCCCAUCCCCAGCCCCAACCCCAGCUCCAACUCCAGCCCCAACCCCAGCCGCAUCCCCCGCCUCAGCCCCCACCUCAGCCCCCACCUCGGCCCCAACCCCAGCCACAUCCCCUGCCCCAGCUGGCGGGUCAGAGCCUCAGGAGAGUGUGGCUCUCCCCAGGCGCUACCAGGAGGGGCAGGUCUCAGCCAGCUGGGGAAACCUUAUUGCCAUGGUUCUUAGAAGCCACCCCUUCCCCAGGCAAGACAGGCCCCAAGGGAGUGUCCCGAGGGCGGUUCCUGGGAGCCCCGUGGAUCCCAGCCCUUCCACACACUCUGAGGACAGACACGGCCCCUCUUCUUCAGUGGGGACAGUCAUGGGGACAGGUACAGGGGGCCUGGUUGAGGCUGGAGGUCAGCCACAGACAAGAAGCUCCGAGACCAACGGAGCGCCCAGCCCAGACCCUCCCCCAGGCCUAAGAGGAGAGGGAACCAGGGAGAAAAGUCUAGACUCGCUGCCCCAAGUCGCGAUGCCCAGGGGCCCCGCACAGCCCCCCGCGCAGAGGCCGUCUGGCCCCGCGGCCUCCUCCUCUGUGAGGCGCUCACAGCCGGCACCCCAGCUACGGAAACGCAGCAGGUGCGACAUCGCCCCGACCUCGGAGCAGGAGGUCAGGCCGGCCGCCUCAGGGGACCCUCAAGGGGAGGCGCCGGGGGAGGGGGGCAGCCCUGCCGGCCGCAGCGGGGCGCUCACAGAGAAGCAGAAGGAGGCCCGGAAGCUCAUGGUGUUUCUGCAGAGGCCCGGGAGUUGGGGGGUGGCGGAGGGUCCCCGGAAGCCCAGCUCCCGGGCCCUGGAGCCCACCACGGAGGCAGCCCUGCGGCGGCGGCUGGACCUGGGCAGUUGCCUGGACGUGCUGGCCUUUGCCCGGCAGCACGGGGAGCUCGGCCUGGCGCAGGAGACCUACGCGCUGAUGAGCAACAACCUGCUGCGAGUGCUGGGGGACCCGCGCCUCUACCGCCGGCUGAGCGCGGCCGACCGCGAGCGCAUCCUCAGCCUGCGGACCGGCCGGGGCCAGGCGGUGCUGGGCGUCCUCGUACUGCCCAGCCUCUACCAGGGGGGCCGCUCGGGGCUCCCCAGGGGCCCUCGUGGCGAGGAGCCUCCUGCGGCGGCCCCUGUGCCCCUGCCUGUACCUGCGCACCUGCAUGUGUUCAACCCCCGGGAGAACACCUGGCGGCCCCUGACCCGGGUGCCCGAGGAGGCCCCGCUCCGGGGCUGCGGUCUCUGCACCAUGCACAACUACCUGUUUCUGGCGGGGGGCAUCCGUGGCUCCGGUGCCGAGGCCGUCUGCUCCAACGAGGUCUUCUGCUACAACCCUCUGACCAACAUCUGGAGCCAGGUUCGGCCCAUGCAGCAGGCCCGAGCCCAGCUCAAGCUGGUGGCCCUGGAAGGGCUGCUCUAUGCCAUCGGUGGCGAGUGCCUGUACAGCAUGGAGUGCUACGACCCGCGUACAGACGCCUGGACCCCACGCGCGCCACUCCCCGCAGGCACCUUCCCUGUGGCCCACGAGGCUGCGGCCUGCCGUGGGGACAUCUACGUCACGGGGGGUCACCUCUUCUACCGCCUGCUCAGGUACAGCCCCGUGAAGGAUGCUUGGGACGAGUGCCCAUACAGUGCCAGCCACCGGCGUUCCAGCGACAUCGUGGCGCUGGGGGGCUUCUUGUACCGCUUCGACCUGCUGCGGGGCGUGGGCGCCGCCGUGAUGCGCUACAACACGGUGACCGGCUCCUGGAGCAGGGCUGCCUCCCUGCCCCUGCCUGCCCCUGCCCCACUGCGCUGCACCACCCUGGGCAACACCAUUUACUGCCUCAACCCCCAGGUCACUGCCACCUUCACGGUCUCUGGGGGGACUGCCCAGUUCCAGGCCAAGGAGCUGCAGCCCUUCCCCUUGGGGAGCACGGGGGUCCUCAGUCCAUUCAUCCUGACUCUGCCCCCUGAGGACCGGCUGCAGACCUCACUCUGAGUGGCAGGCAGAGAACCAAAGCUGCUUCGCUACUCUCCAGGGAGACUCUCCUGGGAUAGGUCUGAGAGGCCGGCGCUCAGGGAAGGGGCUGGGAUCAGAACUUCCUGCUCUUGUUUCUGGACAACUUUCCCCUUCUGCUUUAAAGGUUGUCGAUUAUUUUGAA